GAGGAAGGAACAGCCUCCCUGGGGAAAUAAACCCACCUCCACCCCACCUCCCACAUUCAGGUCCUUUCAUAACUCCAACACCCACACCUGGACCCUUUCCAGGCCAGCUGCCCUGCAAGCUCCAGGAAGCUUCUCUCUCCCCAACUGGGACGCCUUAGCUCCACCCUCCCUGCAGGUUUAGUUCCACUGGGUGUCUGUUGUUCUGUGCGCCAUGGAAGCGGUCCUAGCCUCUACCCUCACCAAGGUAAUGUCCUCAGUGAGCCUGGCCAAAGCUGGCGCGGCGGCAGCCUCGAGCGGUGUCCUGUCCGGACUGAUCCCAGCGGGGCUCACCCUGCCAUCCAUUGAUGCCCUAAGCUCGGCCGCAUCAUCUGUGGGAUCCUUGCUAGAGACACUGGGAUCCCCAGAUGUGGCCCUGACUGACUGCCCACUUGGAGCCAAGACUGUUGCAGUGGUGAUUGGAGGAGCCGUGGCUGUGGGCGCUGUGCCUGUGGCACUGGGCACCAUAGGCUUCACCGGGGCAGGAAUUGCAGCCUCCUCCUUAGCGGCCCAGAUGAUGUCAUCGGCUGCCAUUGCCAAUGGCGGCGGGGUUGCUGCCGGUAGCCUGGUGGCCACUCUGCAGUCCGUGGGAGCAGCUGGACUGUCUAUAUCGUCCAAAAUCAUCCUGGGCUCCGCUGGGUCUGCCCUGACCUACUUCCUGGUAUAGCUUCCUGUAACCCCCAAGGCUGAGAGAAGGACCAGGUGGGGCCCUGCCCACCAGCCUGACACAGUGGGGGCCAGACACAGGGUGACAAUGUGCCCCAUGCUGCACCCCCAGAGGAAACUAAGGAAUAAAAAUGAGGUGUUGCAACC